UUGUCCAGCGAGAAUUAACGCCACAAAUUACAUGAAGCGGUGCCGUUCAGCCUUCUGCUUUGUCGGUUAAUUCAAGAGUUCUUGGAGCCUUAUCAUCGCAUGUGAGUGUCAGGAAUGGGGUGUUUAUUUUCGAAACGGGAAGCCAAGCAGGAGGAGGAGACACCACCCGUGUACAGCUGGGACCGCAAGGACCGGCCGGACCCCAAGGACUUCACCUUGGAGAACUUGAGCGGGGAGACGGUGGGCCGGGUACCGGGCAAAGUCAACGGCCAGCAGUUUCUCAUCAAGAACUGCCAGAACUGCCAUAUCUACGUCUUUGACCACUCGGCCACCAUCACCGUGGACAAGUGCCUGGACUGCACGAUAUUCCUGGGGCCGAUCAAAGGAAGCGUCUUUCUGCGCAACUGCACGUCCUGCAAGUGCGUCAUCGCCUGCCAGCAGUUCCGAUCCCGUGACUGCAAGGCCAUCGACGUCUUUCUCCACUGCGGCUCCCAGCCCAUCAUCGAGGCCUCCACCAAGAUGCGGUUCGGCUGCUUCCAGUACCAAUACCCGGAGCUGACAGAUCAGUUUACCAAGAGCGGGCUUAGCCCGUACAGGAACCUGUGGGACAAUAUUUACGACUUCUCGCCCAUGCCAGACGAACAGAAUUGGUCACUGCUUCCAGACGAUGCCAAAGUGGAGGACUUUGUGCCUUUGCCAACAACCGAGCAGUUCCAGGACAUGAAGAUAUCGACGGCAUCAGACGACAGCGUCGUGCCGCUAACCCUGGGCAAAACGAAACAGAAAGGGUCGGAGUCAUCGCUUGUGGUCUUCUUCAAGGAUUCCUCCUCUGAGGAGAAGCUGAGACAGUUCCUCAAAGACGUGAGGCAAGAGGGGUCCUGCUGCCUGGCCCGCACCUCCGAGAUCGAGAUUGACGCCAGCACAGCCGCUAGGAUAUUUGGGGAGGACGAGAGAUUUGCCAAAGCUGCGACAAACGGUGCAGUGGUGGGUCUGGAGUUCAACGGCACCGACACCGCCCUGACUUGCCAGAGGAUCAGCCAGUCCAUCAUUGGCGACUCGGUGGUGUUCCUUCCCAACAGCGCCGAGUCGGGAUCACAGGCAGUGGAGGCCUGGAACAGCCAGGUGGAAGCCCAGAUGGCCAUGUGAAGACGACAAGAAGAAGGAACAGAAAUACUGAACCCAGGGCUUAGGAGCAGCACGGGGCAACAUUUCCCACCGUGGUCGAUUGACCACUUGCCAAAGGUGUCACUUCUCAGCGAACUUGUCCCAAGUGUGAAAAUACGGACUUUUCAAAAUGAUGAGAUGACAACAAGAGCAGUCUCUGUCAGAGUUGGACUUAGCAGGUGUUGACCCUUGCUGGUUACUUGUUUUAAGAGUUGUGCAUUUUCUUUAUCGCACAGUCCUUUUCUUUAAAAUUCUGAGAAAAUGUUGCAAAGUGAUAUUUACCUCAAUGCCAGGCUGUGGCCCGGGGUUGCUUGAUGGGCCCCACUCAUGUCCAACCUCCAAAGAACUACCGAGGUAGUUCAAGUCUCUCUGUGUGUGUGCUAACGCAGUGGGAAUCACCAGGCAUUAGCGGUGUAAUUUUCGCUCAGUGCUGCAUACAGAAUUUCCCCGAGCAAAUUUAAACGUCCUAGUUGUUACGGACGCAGAAAAUUCCUGCGUGCUUACUAUGCUGUAAACUGCAUGCUCACUGCAUGUAUUUUCCAAUGAGGACCCACACUCAGCUGCAUUCCUCACACAAACAAUUGCCAUCCUUUUUUGCGGUUUUUGCACACAUUCCAUCGAAAACUUGCAGUUAGACUGUACCCAGGGCCCUCACAGUUUUUUCACAAAGCCAUCAGGAAACACGGCUGAAGAUGCCUUGCAGGUGGAACAACAUGGUGUUCUUAGCGUGGGGUCCGGAGUCUUUUCUUCACAAAUGCAAAGUUGAACGACAGGUUCUAAGUGCACUACUUCAGUCACAAUGCCUUGAAAUUGCUGUCCUUAGUACUUAAUGCGACAGGAGCCCAGACUCUAGUCGUUGUUUUGUGGUGUUUUUGCAUGCAAGUUGUAAACAGUUGUACACGUAGUUUGUUGUGUUUUUGUGUUGACCAGUUCUAGCCAAUGAACAAAGUGCUGAGGGCUGUUUUGGAAGUCGCUGCCUGGAAAGGAAAUGUUGGUUCAUUGUUAGCACUGUCGAAAUGUGAAUGAUAUUCACUGCCUCCAGAGAAAAGAUUGAUUCGUAGCUUGCACGAACACAAAUGUAAAUCUAUGACAUCGCAGAAAACAUUCACUCCUGAAAUUCUUAAAAGUCAAAUUAGUUUCUAUAAUGUUGGAUGAACUCUGCCAAGGAUGCUUCGUUUCUUUACAUUGUCUUCACAUUUGUUUAUGCUGUGAACCAGCCGAGAGUUGACAUAAUCUGCACUGAAAUGUUUUGAUUCGGGGGAUCUGGGAAAACUUGUAAAGUUUCAGCUUAUGAAUAACGGUCCUGGUUUAGGUUAAACCAAGAGUUGGAAGUAUUAUGAUUACUGGCUAAUUGGGAAAAAAAUGGGGAGCCAGUUUUAAGACUGCUUUCGUGGGGGUGGAAGCCAGAAUUUAGUAUUUUGGAAGAUGGACGCGAUUGUUAAGACCGGAAUGUCUGAGCUUUCACCCGAAAGGCUUCCCUCUAGUUAAGAAGUCAUCAAUGCAAAGAAAAGAAUAUAAAGGGUCAACCUGUUGGGACUAUGGGGGGACUUCAAAGAAUGUACGCGAUUUGUAACUAUGCCCCGCCCCCACCAAACAAACGUAUUCGUGCCAAAAAGUCCACUGAGCUUUGUGUUUGACCACCAAAAAAACCACACUGAUGCAUUAUCUGAGUCUGAAAGCCAUUGGUAUUAAUGCAAAUGUUUUGUAAUGAGUGUAGAUCUGUGAGUACGUUAGGCAGAGGAAGAGUUCAAAAAGGGGGCGGGGAUGAGGGAUAGGAGGGGGGGGCGUGGAGACAUGGAUUGGGGGAAAUUUGUAAAGGCGGGAAAAGCAGCUGUAUAUAAAACAUUCCAUCAUGCGUGUGGUUGUUUUCUCGUGAUUUCGUCGUACGUGUAGCUCGCUGUUAUUUUCUGUACAGAGUUUGGCCUCCCCUACUUAUGUCUUACAGGCUCCGCCUUUUUAAAGGACUUCAUGUGGAAGUGUUGAUAUAUGAUGACGCUGCACCUUUUAUUUCUGUACAGAAAAGCAUCGCCUUGAGAUCGCAAGUUUUAAAUUUUGGUAAACAUAAUUUUUUUUUAUUUCAUAGAUAUUACAUAUUGAUAAUGGAUGGAUUGAUUGAUAGAAAUUAAUUGAUUGAUCUUCUGUUGACAAAAACCAGUCACUCUUUUCAUCAUCUUGGAACAAACCACUUUCUGGUGGGUAACAUUUGGGGGGAUUUUCAUGGGCAAAUUGUUCACAUAUAAUUGUUUUAUAUUGUGCAUUACCUUAACCCAACGUGAUGUCGUAAUAUCUGUAGAAGUGAGUGGUAAGGGAAUGGGCGUGCCCCUUUAAAAAAGAUCAACCGCCAAAGCCAACAGUUACCCUGCACAAGCAAAUGCCUGAGCCCCCCCUCUUUAGUACAUGUAGGUCACGCCCCUCCAUUACCACUCCCGUCUCAUCUAGCCUCGGUCACAUGCAGAAAUCGAAUGCACGUAGCAUACAAUGCACCCACCAUUUGUAAUCUGGUCAGAAAACCUUGAUGAAAGUAUUAAAUAGGUCGACGUGAAUUUAAUAUGUCGUAGGCUGAGAUGUGAUGAUUUGACGGGCUUUUUUAACCAACAUAGCUGGAUGAGCGCUUGUCGACCCAAGUUUCGACACCCGCUCAAACCCGUUGCGAAAACAAAUCGUGAAAUUUCUUCCAAAAAGGGGGGGGGGUUAAGGCCUGCCCGUGUGUUUCUGUGUGUGAAUGUAACCCGUAGGGAAAGUGAAACUGUCUCUGUUUUAAUAUUGAUGUGAUUGUAAAUGUAUAUAAGUGGUUUAUAAGUUAAUGGAAACUGUGGCAAGAUACUUUAAAUAAAACAAACUGUUUUAACU